CUGUGAAGGGCGGGGAGAGGGUUUGCAAGAGUUGCCGGGAGUUUUAUGCCACUUUUGUAGUUGGGAAUCCUAAAAGGAGGGAAAGACUUUUACUGACCAUCUAACAGGAAUAGUUUCCCAUCUCAUCAUGUCUUCAGAAAACACCUUGGAUGAUGAGGAUACCUUCAAAAUCCUGAUAGCUACGGAUGUUCAUCUCGGUUACCUCGAGAAGGAUGCUAUCCGUUGCAGUGACUCCUACAACACGCUAAAUGAAAUUUUGAAAUGUGCCAAAACAAAUCAGGUGGAUUUCAUCCUGCUGGGGGGUGAUUUGUUUCAUGAGAACAAGCCGUCACGCCGAUGCCUCCAUCAGUGCAUCUCCAUGUUGAGACAGUACUGCAUGGGAGACUCACCUGUGCGCUUCAACAUCCUCAGUGACCAGACCGUCAACUUCAACACAACCCAGUUCCCCUGGGUUAACUAUCAGGAUGAAAACCUGAACGUCUCUAUACCUGUGUUCAGCAUUCAUGGCAACCACGAUGACCCAACUGGAGCUGAAGGUUUGUGUGCAUUGGAUCUGCUAAGUGCUUCUGGUCUUGUCAAUCACUUCGGUCACUCUCGUUCAGUGGAGAGGAUAGAAAUUAGUCCCAUUCUCCUGCAGAAAGGCAGCACCAAGCUGGCCUUGUAUGGUCUUGGUUCUAUCCCAGAUGAGCGUUUGUACAGGAUGUUUGUUAACAACCAGGUAACCAUGCUUCGCCCCAAAGAAGACCAAGACGAAUGGUUCAACCUCUUCACCAUCCACCAGAACAGGAGUAGGCAUGGUCCCACAAACUACAUUCCUGAGCAAUUUCUGGAUGAUUUUCUUGACCUGGUGGUGUGGGGUCACGAACAUGAGUGUUUGAUAGCACCGGCCAGAAAUGAGCAACAGCUCUUCUAUGUGACACAGCCUGGGAGCUCUGUGGCCACCUCCCUGUCCCCUGGAGAGGCCACCAAGAAGCACAUCGGACUGCUGAAGGUGAAAGGUCGCAAGAUGAACCUGCAAAAGAUCCCCCUAAAGACAGUGCGACAGUUCUUCAUUCAAGAUGUGGUGCUGGGUGACUACCAAGAUCUCUUCACACCUGAUACACCUCAUGCCACAAAGAAGGUGGAGGAGUUCUGCUAUGCAAAGGUCACAGAGAUGUUAGAAGAAGCUGAGAGGGAAAGACUUGGAUGUCCGCUCACCCCAGAGAAGCCUCUAAUUCGCCUAAGGGUGGACUACAGUGGAGGUUUUGAGACAUUUAACACCGCCCGUUUCAGUCAGAGGUUUGUGGACCGUGUCGCCAACCCAAAAGACAUCAUUCACUUUCUCAGACGCCGUGAGCAAAAAGAGGACAUCAAAGAUGAGUUCAAUGUUGACUAUAACAAGCUGGUAAAAACCACUGCUGUUGAGGGGCUGAGAGCGGAGGACCUGGUCAAACGGUACUUUGAGGCAGCUGAACAGAAGGUGCAGCUGUCCCUGCUGACUGAGCAGGGCAUGGGGAAGGCUAUUCAGGAGUUUGUGGAUAAAGAUGAGAAGGAUGCCAUCGAGGAGCUCAGCACCUACCAGCUGGAGAAGACGCAACGCCAUCUUCAAGCCAGAGGAGUAAACACGGAGCAGGAUAUAGAUACAGAGAUUCGGUUGUUCAGAGACUCCAAGAAGAACACGACAGAGGAAGAGAAUGACAUCAGAGAAGCCAUGAACAGAGCCAAAGCUCACCGGUUGGAGCGCGGGGACGACGCUUUAGGUGCAGAUAUACUAGAUGAGCUUGCAGAGCCCAUGGAUUCCGAUGAAGGCUCAGCUCCAUUUCCUGCCCCGACACGAGGCAGAGGGCGAGGAGGCCGAGGACGAGGUGGAAGGGGGAGAGGUGCAGCUGCCUCUGAACCAAAGCCGGCUGGUCGGGGUCGUGCCCAGAAGUCCCAAGCAGCAACCCAAAGCAGAAGCAUUAUGCAGGCAUUUCAAGCUUCAUCACAGAGAUCUCCUUGGAAAGGAGCCACCACAUCGCACACGGCAGAUGCAAUUAGCAUUGAUGACUCUGAUGAAGAUACACCUGUAAUGAAAACUAGCCGGCCCCCUCCAAAACCUGCAUCGUCAUCCUCAUCCUUCACAAAGCACAGCUCUCAGAGCCAGAGCCUGUCUUCUAAAGGAGUGGCAUUUGAUGACAGUGACGAUGAUGAGGAGGUUAACCCAUUCAAAGGCCCCAGCCGUCGUUCCCGGAGAUAGCUACAAGUGCUUCUGUCAUGUUAAUGUAGUUGAUUUUCAACACAUCUUCGCUAAUGCUUAUUAGCAGGUGAGCUUCUGCAGUGCUGUUCAGAAGGACUUUAGAGGCAUUUCAGUGUUCUUUGCACUCAGUCUUCCUAGUAGCAACAGUAAAUAAUGAAGUUGGUCAGCUAGCGUUGCUUAGAAUAAAACCCUCCGAUCAAUCAGCUUUCUUGUGAAAGGGCUAAGCUGAAUGCUGCAUGUGGGGAAGGUGGGGGAAAGACUUCCGUAUAUCUCAAGUUUUCACGGGCUCAUUUGUUAACCACCACUAAAACCUAUUAACCGAAGAAGUGUAUCUGUUUCUGUGUUAGGUUUUAUUUUUGACCUGUGUAGUUUAGAAAGUAAUUCAGGAAAUAAUAAAUGUUUUUUUCAUAUAUAAAAUCA